AAGUGCCUACCUGUUUUGUACCGCAUGAUUAUUCGUUCGUGUUAUUCCUGCGCUGAAUUUUCAUCUGACUUCCGACUUCGUCCCUGCCCGUCGCCCUGCCUUGGUUGUCUGUUCUGCCUGCCUGCCCGAUUUGACCCAGCCUGCUCCCGGUUUCGAUCCCUGCUCCUCGCUUGUUUUGCCUCGGACUGCCUUUCUGGUUUUGACCCUGCCUGUUCUGCCAUUACUGACCUGCCCUGCGAUUUCCCAUUCCUAUGAAGUCUCUUGGAACCUGAUUACGCCUGGUCUGUGUCUGUAGGGCCCGGCUGAAUAUUCAGCAGGACCAGAUGAGAUGGAGAUGGACCCCUCCAACCUCAGCCUUCCCAGCAUCCCAGAGGGAAACUCCACAGCCCCCCCUUGGCAGAGCAGCCCCUAUAGGACUGUGGAAGUGGUGUUCAUCGUCCUGGUAGCAGGGUCACUCAGUCUGGUCACGGUCAUUGGGAACAUCCUGGUCAUGCUCUCUAUAAAGGUAAACAGGAACCUGCAGACUGUUAACAACUACUUCCUGUUCAGCCUGGCAUGUGCAGACCUGAUCAUUGGCUUGUGCUCCAUGAACCUGUACACUGUCUACAUUGUGAUUGGCUACUGGCCCCUGGGGCCCGUGGUGUGUGACCUGUGGCUGGCCCUGGACUAUGUGGUGAGCAACGCGUCGGUCAUGAACCUCCUCAUCAUCAGCUUUGACCGUUAUUUCUGCGUCACCAAACCGCUCAGCUACCCGAUCAAAAGGACCACUAAGACGGCGGCUGUGAUGAUCGCGGUAGCCUGGGUGCUGUCCUUCAUCUUGUGGGCACCAGCCAUCCUGUUCUGGCAGUUCAUUGUGGGCGGUCGGACCGUGCCGGAGACAGAGUGCUACAUCCAGUUCUUCUCCAACGCAGCGGUCACCUUUGGCACGGCCAUUGCAGCCUUCUACCUGCCUGUCGUCAUCAUGAGUGUGCUGUACUGGCAGAUAUCCAGAGCUAGCAAGAGCCGUGUGCAAAAGGGCCAGCGCAAGCUUUCGGGGACCCAGCAGGAGCCUCUGUCCCCCAGACAGGUGCAGGGCCACAUUGCCAUCCCUGAGAACAACAAGAUGAUGCCAGGAAACGCAUCCAGAAGCCAGAGCCUGACCUAUCAGGACCCGGCUGGCCAGGACAAUGACAACCUUCAGAAUGGCAGGACCCUGCCAAAUAUGGGUGGAGUCCAGGACGGACAGAAAGAUGAAGGCGGGACGGAGAACUGCACCACAGGCGAGGAGAAAGACAGCUCCAACGAUUCUACAUCCUGUACCGUGGCCACACCCCAUCCGAGAGAGGAGGAGCUAGCCCUGUCCAGCGGAGGCCCCGCCCCACGGGCCAGCCUGCCGGCCAGCCACCAAAGGCCCAGCCUCGCCUGCAUCCAGACGGGAACACAGUCUCCAAAGGCGCUCUGCGUCACUGUGCCCAGCACCCACAGGAACAACCCGGUGGCUCGCAAGCUUGCCAAGAUCACCAAGCAGCCGCCCAAGAAGAAGAAGAAGUCAGUGCCAUCAAGGGAGAAGAAGGUGACACGCACCAUCAUGGCCAUCCUGGUGGCCUUUGUGGUCACCUGGACGCCCUACAAUGUUAUGGUGCUCAUGAACACCUUCUGCUCCAGCUGCAUCCCCAACACUGUCUGGACCAUUGGCUACUGGCUCUGCUACAUCAACAGCACCAUCAACCCUGCCUGCUACGCCCUCUGCAACGUCACCUUCAAAAAGACCUUCAAAGACCUCCUUCUCUGCCAGUACAGAAGCAUUCGCUCAGCAAGAUAGAUAUUGUGUACAUGUGUUUCUUUUGUGGGGUGGGUGCUUUGUGUGAUUUCUCUUUAUUAUAUAUUUUUUUCCAAUAAUCUUCUGUAGCAUUUUACAGAACCACAGAAGUAUCCUGGUAACUGCAGACUCUAUUAAAUCAGUGCACAGAAGAUAAGGCUAUCUCUGCACAUCAAUAUGAAAUAACACACAUUUACAACGCAACAAAGUAUACUAGGAUCAAACGAAUAUUCAGCACAUAUAAAACUGCAAAAUAUUUUGAGAUACACCAGGAAAACAUAUUUCUAACUACCAAACUGAACUGAAACCACAAUGUAAAUUAUGAAGAAAAGAAAAACAAAGGACAAAAAGGUACAGACACAGGAAGCAGGACACAGGAAGUGAACGAGAAGGCAGUGAUGGAAGCAGAGAGACAUGGAUCUGAGAAAGGUGAUAGACUCAUGGAGAAUGUCCCCUGCACUUCCUAACUUUAACACAAAAUAUAAGGGGAA